AUGAUUCAGAUUGUGUUAGCUCGCAAUGGUGUAUUGAAUCAAGCAAGAUCAAUUCCCUUAAGAAGCAGAGCUCUGCUGCAUCAAUCUUCGAGACUAUUGAAUGAAAAGAAUCCUAAACCCGAAGAACUGAAAUCACCAGAAGAUCUUGCUAGACAGUCUCAUUUAAACUCUAAACCAAUCGAUUUUACGAACUAUGCCCCCGUAAGACCCGGUAAGAAGAAGACACUGUUAUCAGAUUCUAAAUACGAAUCCAAAGAUUACCAACUACCUAAAUGGAAAGAAGCUUUUGGUGAAUUGGUCAUUAGGACGUUAAAUUUGGAUAUGGAUAAAGUUAGAUCAGGUCCAGUAGCAGGUUCAUAUUACUACGCACUUUGUAAAAAUGUUGCAUUGCAAUACGAGGGUGAAAAGUUAUCUGAGACCGCCAAAUUUUUCUAUCAAGAUUUAAAACUGCCACGUACUUUCUCACAGUGGUUCCAAAUUACCAUAUUACACGAAUGGCUGCUUUUUGUUCGUAUGCGUGCAAUGCCUUUCAAAUACGGUAGGAAUUAUCAACAGAAAUUGGUGGAUAGAACCUUUACAGACAUUGAAGCUAGAUUAUUCGAUGAGAUGAAUGUCACCACGGGUAGAAUUGUGGAUCAAUACCUGAAAGAUUUUAACACUCAGUUGCGCGGUGCUGUUUUUGCUUAUGACGAAGGUUUCUAUACGGAUGAUGCUACUUUGGCUGCCGCCCUUUGGAGAAAUUUGUUUGGUGGUAGAAAAAACAUCGACAUGGUCCAUUUGGAAGCCAUGGUUAGAUACGUUCGCUCUCAACUUUACGUUUUGAGCAGAAUGUCUGACAGAGAUUUCGCUGUUGGUUCUUUCAAAUUUGUACCACCUGAUGAAACCGUUGAAAGGUUGACCGCUGAACAGGAAGCACAGUUGAAGCAGAAGACUAUUGAGAAAUACGAAUCCAUCGAUAAUGAUCCAAAAAUUCUGCCAAGUGACAGAAGUCGGCUAUCCUACAAAAACUAA